UUUCUCUGGGUGUCAGACAGCCUGAGAAAAACUCAACUGUAGGUCAAACUCGACAUACUUUCUUUUAAAUGCGCUCCAAAGAGUUAGUCUUUAAGAGUUUAGGGCUGGAAGUCUGGUGGGUGUAAGAGCGUAGUGAAGAAACAGGACCGGGGGAAGUACACUUAAGAAGUAGGCAGCUUUUCUGUAAAGAAUCUAAUGAGACGCGCAAAAAGUUAGACAUUAGGGCUGGAACUUAAGAGGAAUAAGGAAACUUGAAGAUUUUAAUGAUGACUGAGAAAGAGUUGGCGAUUGACGACAUUAUAACAGAUGCAAUGGCCACUCCAUCUCCAGCCAAGAGUAUGGGCGACCCAGGCAUCACGCCACUUUCCCCCACACACAUACUGAAGGACUCGGAAGAGAAUGAGCCUACGAGACACCCCUAUGUGGUAGUGGUGGCCAUUGACUUUGGCACCACCUCCAGUGGCUACGCAUACGCCUUCACUAAAGAGCCAGAGUGCAUUCACACUAUGAGGCGCUGGGAGGGUGGUGACCCAGGUGUGUCCAAUCAGAAGACACCCACCACCAUUCUACUGAGUCCAGACAGGAAGUUCCACAGUUUUGGUUAUGCAGCACGAGAUUUUUACCACGACCUGGAUCCCACCGAGUCUAAGCAAUGGCUCUAUCUGGAGAAGUUUAAAAUGAAACUACACACCACUGCAAAUCUGUCCAUCGAUACAGAUUUACAUGCUGCCAAUGGGAAAAAGGUGAAAGCUCUGGAUAUUUUUGCUUAUGCUCUGGCCUUUUUUAAGGAACAGGCUCUUAAGGAGCUGAGUGACCAAUCAGGGGCAGAUUUUGAUAAUGCUGAUGUUAGAUGGGUCAUCACAGUACCGGCCAUCUGGAAAAUGCCAGCUAAGCAGUUUAUGAGAGAGGCAUCAUAUAAGGCUGGUCUGGUUUUUCGUGACAACCCUGAUCAGUUGAUCAUUGCUCUGGAACCAGAGGCUGCGUCCAUUUACUGCAGAAAGCUCCGUCUCCACCAAAUGGUUGAUUUGGACAACAAAACGGCCCUGAACGGUUAUAGCCCAACUGAGAAUGUUGGGGUGGGAAUGACCCAGGCCAAGGAGCAUGUGCGCCGUAACCGACAGAGCCGCACCUUUCUGGUGGAGAAUGUCAUAGGAGAGCUCUGGUCUGAACUCACUGAAGGUGACCGUUAUGUGGUGGUGGAUUGUGGAGGAGGGACGGUGGAUCUUACUGUGCAUCAGAUCCGGAUGCCAGAAGGGCACUUGAAGGAGCUUUACAAAGCUUCAGGAGGCCCGUACGGCUCUAUUGGUAUCGAUUAUGAAUUUGAGAAGCUCCUGUGUAAGAUAUUCGGACAGGAUUUUAUUGACCAGUUUAAGAUCAAGCGUCCGGCUGCCUGGGUGGAUUUGAUGAUUGCGUUUGAGUCUCGUAAGAGGGCGGCGACUCCUGACCGAAGCAAUCCGUUGAAUAUUAACCUGCCCUUCUCUUUCAUCGACUACUACAAGAAAUUCAGAGGACACAGCGUAGAGCAUGCGCUGAGGAAGAGCAAUGUUGACUUUGUGAAGUGGUCUUCACAGGGCAUGCUGAGGAUGAGCCCAGAUGCAAUGAAUGCACUGUUCAAACCAACUAUAGACCACAUUAUACAGCAUCUGACUGAGUUAUUCGACAGGCCAGAGGUGACAGACAUCAAGUUCCUUUUCCUGGUGGGAGGAUUCGCAGAGUCUCCGCUGCUGCAGCAGGCGGUUCAGAAGAUGCUUCAGGGUCGCAGCCGAAUUAUUAUUCCGCAUGAUGUGGGCUUGACCAUCCUCAAAGGGGCAGUGUUAUUCGGCCUGGAUCCCAGCGUUAUAAAGGUGCGCCGCUCUCCGCUCACCUACGGCGUUGGUGUCCUGAACCGUUUCAUAGAGGGGAAGCACCCACCAGAGAAGAUGCUUGUGAAGGAAGGUACGCGCUGGUGCACUGACGUCUUCGAUACAUUCAUCUCCACCGAUCAGUCAGUGGCGCUGGGUGAAACGGUAAAGCGUAGCUAUACGCCAGCGAAGCCGUCACAGCAGGUGAUCGUCAUUCACGUAUACUGCUCGGAAAAAGAGUCGGUCAGUUUCAUCACGGACCCAGGCGUGAGGAAGUGUGGUACGCUGAAGCUGGAUGUGAGCGGUACUGAGAGUCCAGCGGCACGAAGAGAGAUCCAGACGCUCAUGCAGUUCGGAGACACUGAGAUAAGAGCCAUGGCUGUCGAUGUGGCAACCUCUCGCAGUGUCAAAGCUAGCAUCGAUUUCCUUAGUCAAUAGAAGAAGAUGAGGGAUGAGAAAACCACACACUGCUGAAACUCAGCAUUUUAGUUAUGUUGUCCAGUAAAAAUAUCCAAACAUCCUGAAAAGAUGAUAGAUUUGUCCCUUUUAAAAUUGCUUCAUAUAUUAAAAUUUUUUCUGAAUAAAAGUAAUACAUGUCAUUAGCAAGAACACUUUCAAAUGAUCAAAAGUAACAAUAAAGACAUUUAUUGUUACAAAAGAUUCAUAUUUCAAGCAAAUGCAAACAAACGUUCAUCAGAGAAUACAGAAAAAAAAAAUGUAUAUGUAUCAUUAAUUCCACAAGAAUAUUAAGCUGCACAACUGUUUUCAAAAUGGAUAAAAAAAUAAUAAAUGUAUCUUAAGCACCAAAAUAGCAUAUUCAAAAGAUUUCUGAAGAAUGACUGGUGUAGUGGCUGCUGAAUUCAGAUUAUUCACAGGAUGAUAAAAUAUAAACAUUAAAUCAGAAAACGGAUGUUUUUUAUUGUAAUAAUAUUUCACAAUAUUACUAUUUUACUGUAUUUUCCACAUAAAUGCAGUCUUUGUGAGCAUAAAUGAUGUCUUUCAAAAACAUAAAAAAUCUACCAACCCUAAACUUUUCAACAGUGGUAUAUUGAAUUACAUUUAUUUGCAAAUGUUUUUAUUUUCUUGUUAUAAACACCAACCACUAAAUUCUAGAUUUAUGCUUACAACAAAAAAGAAACAAAAAAAAAAAAAACUCAUUCAAGAUGUGUUCUUUAAAAUAGUCUUAAUAUUUUGCUUCUUAAGUAACUAUUUCUUGUUUAAAGGAUGUUUCGAUAUUUUGCCUGGAAAACGAGACAAAAUGCUGAUUAAAAUAGUUUUGCAGUGUAGAAGGAUCGAAAAUAGAAAGAGAAAACUAAAAAUAGAGAAUGAAUGAAAGAUGAAGGUUUGGAGUCUCAACUAAUAUUCCAUGUUUGCCGACCUUCCAUGUGACAUUUGCUUGAAUAGUUGUGCCAUUCAUGUUAUUUUAUUUGGUCGUUUCAUUUUCCAGAUCCACAACUGGACUCAUCUCAAGAUGAAACUUCUCAUAUUUGGCCAAAGUCGAGUUCAUUAUGUCUCAUCGACACUCAUCCAGGCUCAGUCCGUUAUUCUCUGUAUGCUUCUACUAUAGUCUAUUUGUAGUCUUAGUGGCUAUUUUCUGCACAGAGAUGCAAACUCUGCAUGGAUAGAGCCAAAAUACAGCUGCGUAUUGCUAGUAGUGCAGUUUGGAUUAGCACCCUGUAAUAACUUAGCAAGACAAGUUCAGGUUAAGGCAGCUACGUUAGACUUCUGGCAGAAAUAUAAUAUCGUUCUCUUACAAAAACACACUGCUUUGCUCUUAAACUCUGGUCUGUUACCUCCAAGGCCCAGUCCAGAUCCAGUUCAAUCAUUUAGGUGAUGGGUGAUGAGGAGGUAAAGCAGAUGGUUUUGUCUUCUGGUGAACAUGUUCUCAGUAUCUCAAACAUUUAGGAUGGUACCGAAACCUGAGCUACACAUCACAAAGGUGCUGAUUCCGUGACAAAAUGACCAUCAGUGCUACAGGACUACGUGGCAAAACACUUUUUUGUUUUGUUUUGUUCUUAUGUCUCAUUAUGUAGACUUUUUGUCUGUUUCUUUUUUGUAUGUCGAGGAGUUAUAGACAGUGACUCCGUUUGGCGGGAGAUUAAGGGCGCCAUUUUGUUUGUUGCGAAAUUCAGCAUAUCUUCAUAUCGUUGGUCAGUAUGUUGCUCUAAGCAGAACGAGAACGCAUAAAUCCUAGAAUGUGAAUCUUAAUCAUUGUUUGAAGUGGCAGUGACAGAGAAAGCCGCUAGCUGUACCUGCAACAUGAUUUGAAACGAUAGCCAUCGCUAUAUGCUAGUUGCCUUUAAUCCUGCUCCUUAGAAAGAGAAGCCACUGAUUUUUUUUCAGUUUUUUUUUUAUUUAGGAGAUUAUUUUGGAGAAUGUGACAAAUGAAAAUGUUUAUUUCUGUAUAUACAGUAUUUAAAGAUAUUGUACAGAUUUUUAGCGUUGUUUUAGCGUUAGCGGCUUUAUGAGCAGUGUGUGUAUGCAGGCCUUAAGAGCACACAUUCUUUCUUCCACUCUCACCAGCCUUCAUAUGGAUACUAAAUUCAGAUAUUACCCUAAUCCAACCCCAAAAACUAAAACGUAAUCCCAUUCCCAAAACCAUAACCUUCCUUUAACCCCAAACUAGACCAAAAUAAUCCCAUUUGACACUCAAACCUCUUAAUUUCCCAUUCCCACUUUGCAAUUCUCAAAUGCAGUUGUGUGAAAUGCCUUUGUUGCUCUAUUUUUUAGAAACUACAGCAAAGAUCACAAGACUUGAAAACCUUUGACCUUAACAACUUUACUUGCAGUUAUCAUUUGGAAUAAGAACUUUGUGGUAUAUUUUCUGGUUUGGGAAAUGAGGUGACUGAUGUGUAUGCGGUCUGUAGAUGAUACCACAAAUGACAGGCAAUAGUUGUGAGUGUGGUUUGGAAGAUAUUGAGAUAAAUGCAACACCAAAAAAAAAAAAAAAAAAACAGAAAGCAAUAAA